UGGGGGCGGGUUGAUAGGUGUUGGGCACGCGCAAGCGCCUGGUGCUAGCGCUGACCUUUGAGGUGGCGGCCAUGGGGCGCUCGAGUUGGCGGUUGGUGGUCGCGGCCGGCGCGGGUCUCGCGCUGGCCCUAGAGGCUCUACCGUGGCUGGUGCGUUGGUUGCUGGCCGGGCGGCGGCCACGGCGUGAGGUGCUCUUCUUCCCGUCGCAGGUGACUUGUACCGAGGCUCUCCUGCAGACCCCGGGCUUGCCCCCCGGGCCCUCCUCCGGCUGUCCGUGCAGCCUCCCUCACAGCGAGAGUUCGCUGAGCCGCCUGCUGCGCGCGCUGCUGGCCGCCCGCUCCAGUCUGGAGCUCUGCCUCUUCGCCUUCUCCAGCCCGCAGCUGGGGCGCGCCGUGCAGCUGCUGCACCAGCGUGGGGUGCGUGUGCGGGUCAUCACCGACUGCGACUACAUGGCCCUCAACGGUUCGCAGAUCGGCCUGCUGCGCAAGGCAGGUAUACAGGUACGUCAUGACCAGGACCUUGGCUACAUGCACCAUAAGUUUGCCAUUGUUGACAAGAAGGUGCUCAUCACUGGUUCCCUCAAUUGGACCACACAGGCCAUCCAGAACAACCGUGAGAACGUUCUGAUUAUGGAGGACACAGAGUAUGUGCGGCUGUUCCUGGAGGAGUUUGAGCGCAUCUGGGAAGAAUUUGACCCCACCAAGUACAGCUUUUUCCCCCAAAAGCAUCGAGGGCACUGACCCUGCUCUGUGCUGCUCAGUCUUCCAGGUUGUCCUUGUGAUGUUCCCUCCUGCUAUGAACCAGACUUUCCUGGCUGUCAGGGAGCAGUCCUGGGUGCACU